AUGAAAUCACUAUUGUUCCUUGUGGCUCUGAUGACUGCAGCAUUUGUUGGCCGGAGCAGUGCCAUUAUGGUCGACUAUCCGAGCGAAUGGCAAACACCUAAUUUUGAAGAUUUUAUGAAAAAGGUAUCGGAAUGUGUGAAUCUCAAUAACAGAGGAGAGCGUGCACUCAAAGCUGAUUAUGCCCCGCCUACUCAAAGAGUUUAUACUGAUAAAGCUGUUGGUUCCUUCACACCAUAUCCGGAUAACAUAAUACAGGAGUAUGAAUAA